UCCUCUACUUUUUUUUGGCUUUUUAUUUCUUUCUUGUACUAUCAAAAUUCUCCCCAUCACCAAACUUCAAUGGAGGUCAAGCUCAUGAAAGCCUCUCUUUCAGCUCUUCACCAACCUCUCUUCAGGGCUACAAGCCUCUGCCAUGUAUCCUCUCUUUCUUCUUCAUCAAAUAGGAAAUCGUGUUCCCUCCAAACUUCAGCAACUUCUCCUUUCAGGCAUGGAAAAACAAGAACUGAUCAGAGUGAGGUGUUGACGUUAGAGAGUAUCAGGCACUCUCUCAUUAGACAAGAGGAUACCAUCAUAUAUAGCCUCCUAGAAAGAGCACAAUACCACUACAAUCGCGAUACGUAUGAUCGAAAUGUGUUCUCUGUGGAGGGUUUUGAUGGCUCUCUGGUUGAAUAUAUGGUUAGAGAGACAGAAAGGCUGCACGCCCAGGCUGGGAGAUUCAAAAGCCCUGAUGAGCAUCCCUUCUUCUCUGAAGACCUGCCCGAGCCCCUUCUUCCACCUCUUCACUAUCCGCAGGUGUUGCACCCUGUAGCCCGUUCGAUUAAUAUCAACAAGAAUAUAUGGGCGAUGUACUUUAGUAAUCUGCUUCCGAGGUUGGUCGAAGAUGGUGAAGAUGGCAACUACGGUUCCACUGCCGUGUGUGACACAAUUUGCCUGCAGGCCUUAUCAAAGAGAAUACACUACGGAAAAUUUGUCGCCGAAGCGAAGUUCAGAGAAAAUCCUGGUGCCUAUGAGAAACCUAUAAAAGUCCAAGACAGCGAAGAGCUCAUGAGGAUGCUAACAUACAAAUCGGUAGAAGAGAAGGUGAAGAGGAGGGUGCAAGCAAAGGCUGAAACUUACGGGCAGGAGAUCAACAUUGGGAAGGAGAAAGAUCGUUCUCUUCGCCAUUUCAAGAUCCAGCCAAGUUUAGUUGCUGAGCUCUAUGAUGAAUGGAUCAUGCCGCUCACGAAGGAGGUGCAAGUGGAGUAUUUGCUUGGCAGCAAUGAAUAGAAACGAUUUUAUAUUGGAUUCUCUCAACUCUAUGGAGGGCUAUAAAUUGGAGGGCAGUCUCAAAGAUUUUCAUCAGCGGUAGCCAUGUAAGUAAUAUAUUGCUGAUGUGCACAUCUUCUUCUGUAUCUAGCUACUUGAGGUUCAAAGUUCAAUCCCAACUUGCCCAUUAUGGGAAAGUUCUGUUGAAGUUCAGAAUUCAAUUCUUUUGGAUGGAUCAUCUUAAUUUUAUCGGUAUACUCUUAGAAUGAAAAAAUAUAUACAUAUUUGUAAUAAGGUGAAUUUUUUAUUAACUAAAUGAAGAUUCUUUAGGGAUUCUACCGAGGGGAGAUUAGAAGGUCCUGUGCUUGAGAUGUUUGAAGAAUGAAAGGAAACUCUAUUCAAUGCUCCUCUUUCUUCAUUUCUUGUAAUGUUCACCGCGAAUUGGUUUAUGUUUAUAUGACUGU